ACUUCCUCCAGCUGAUCGGGAUCUUCCUCUCACACUGGAACAGUUUUAUUUGGGAUUUAAACUCCGCUCGUGAUGACCGAUGAUCACAAGGAAAUUCCCCACUGAUGGCAGUGAUGGAGAACGAGACGUGGCCACACCCCUCAUACGUCCCUCAUUAUCUGCUCCGCGGUGACCCGUUCGCUUCGAGACUCUCCAGAGAGGCGGAUAUUGUUGCAGCUUUUUACAUCUGUAUCAUAGGAAUAAUGUCAGCAACAGGGAAUGGCUACGUCAUUUAUAUGACCAUCAAACGCAAGACCAAGCUGAAGCCGCCUGAGCUCAUGACUGUUAAUCUAGCCAUUUUUGACUUUGGCAUUUCAGUGACGGGAAAGCCCUUUUUCGUUGUGUCUAGUUUCUCACACCGCUGGUUGUUCGGCUGGGAGGGCUGUCGUUUCUACGGCUGGGCGGGCUUCUUCUUCGGUUGCGGGAGCCUCAUCACGAUGACCAUGGUCAGCCUGGACCGGUACCUCAAAAUCUGCCAUCUCAGAUACGGCACAUGGCUAAAACGCCACCAUGCCUUCCUGUGCAUGGCCUUUGUGUGGGUGUACGCAGCCUUCUGGGCCACCAUGCCCCUGGUCGGCUGGGGAAACUACGCCCCGGAGCCCUUCGGGACUUCCUGCACGCUGGAUUGGUGGCUGGCACAGGCCUCUGUGUCCGGCCAGAGCUUCGUCAUGGCCAUCCUGUUCUUCUGUCUCGUCCUCCCCACCGGCAUUAUAGUCUUCUCUUACGUCAAGAUCAUCUUCAAGGUCAAGUCUUCUGCAAAGGAGAUCUCGCAACUUGACGCUCGGAUCAAAAACAACCACAACCUUGAAAUGAAACUCACAAAGGUGGCAAUGCUGAUCUGUGCAGGCUUCUUGGUAGCCUGGAUCCCUUAUGCGGUGGUGUCGGUGGUGUCUGCGUUUGGUGAGCCAGACUCAGUGCCCAUCCCUGUGUCUGUCAUUCCUACCUUGCUGGCCAAGUCCUCAGCCAUGUACAACCCCAUCAUCUACCAGGUGGUGGACCUGAAAAACUCCUGCGCGAAAUCCUCCUGUUUUAAGGCCCUGAAGAAACGCGGGCAUUUUAGAAAGUCAAGGUUCUACACCAUCUCUGGCUCGUUAAAGGACACACCGCCAGCCAAAGAAGCUCACAUCGAGAUGUGAGACAGACACUUUAGACUGUGUGGCCCUCUUCUACUUUGGACAGUUUGCCUUGUUCCCUGACCUCUGUGCCCUGCACUUACCCAGUCACACGCUGCCUGUCGUCUGCUAUGACAUCAUCAACUUGCUCACCUUCGGUCUCGCUCCUUGUUUUGACACGCAAGAUGGAUGUCUGUGUGCUUCCCGCAGUUCCCCACCUCCUCCUCCUCCUCCUGCUCCUUGGAAACACAUCUUCCCC